AUGGCCACCGACUCCAACGGCAGCGCAGCCGGGACGACCAGCCGCUUCGACCCCAACUUCACCAGCCAUGUCGUCGACGCCAUGGGUCCCGGCAUGACGCCCAGAAACCGCCUGGUCCUGUCCAGCCUGGUCAGACACAUGCACGACUUUGCGCGCGAGGUUGAACUUACCAACGAGGAGUGGAUGGCCGGAGUGCACUUCGUCAACUCGAUUGGACGGGCUUCCACAAAGACUCGUGACGAGGCGCACCGUGUUUGUAAUGUCCUUGGUCUCGAAUCGCUGGUUGACGAGAUUGCCAACAAGUUUGUUGCCGAAGGCGACGUCGACCCGACCUCAUCUGCUAUCCUCGGGCCUUUCUGGUCACCCGACGCGCCUUUCCGAGAAAACGGCGGCUCCAUCAUCCAGAGCUCCCACCCCCAGGGACGCGUGUGCAAGAUGCACGGCACAAUCACCGACCUCUUGACGGGGAAGCCCAUACCCGGGGCAGUUUUCGACAUCUGGCAGGCCAGCGCCAACGGCAAGUAUGACUUCCAGGAUCCGGAAAACCAGACGCCAAACAACCUACGUGGCAAGUUCAGAACCGACGAGAACGGCAAGUACUGGCUUUACUGCUACCGCCCGUCGGCUUACUCGCUGCCCACCGACGGCCCUGCGUAUCGGCUAAUCAAGCUGAUGGAUCGCCAUACCAUGAGGCCUGCUCACAUUCACAUCAAGGUCACGCAUCCCGACUUCAAGGGUUGCACGACGCAGCUGUACCCCAAGAACGACCCCUGGCUGGAAACCGACGCCGUCUUUGCCGUCAAGAACGACCUAAUCGUCGACUUUAAGCCCCUCGACGGCGAUGACAAGGCUGUGCUGGAGCUGGAGUACAACGUCGUGCUGGCGCCCAAGGGGUACAAGGGCAAGGUGUUUUGA